CUCUCCCUCUCAUACAAGUGGUUCAGACUGAAGUGGAGGAAAGGAGGAAGUGGGAGCAGGGCGGCAGUCAGGAUCUAUUGCUGGAGUGAGCAGAGGAGGUGGAGAUGCUCAUCAGACUUUCUCCUCUUCACUGACUGACUUCGUCUCCUCACAGCAACUUCCCAACGACAUGAGCUCCUCUUCAGCCAGCUUCCACAGCAAACGCCUGCCCUCUGAAACGGAGCGUGGCCAGAUGCUUCCAGAUGUGGAUGCGGCUCAGCAGCUGAAGCUGAAGGAGAGACAGCGCUUCUUCGAGGAGGUUUUCCAGCACGAUGUGGACGUCUACCUGUCCUCAGCGCACCUUUCCAUCAGGGACUACAAGAGAACAGCUCCGAUCGGCAGCAUCUCGUCCAUGGAGGUGAAUGUGGACAUGCUGGACCAAAUGGAGCUGAUUGACAUAUCAGAUCAGGAGGGUUUAGAUGUUUUCUUCAGCUCUGUGGGAGAUGAUGGAGUUCUCACCUCUCCACUUCCUGCAAUGCAAGGCAGCAGCAGCAUCAGCGAGGAAGCUCUCAGUAAAGGACGCUUUCUGAAUGUCCUUGAGGGUCUGGACAGGAAGCCUCGCAUAGUGUCCACAUCCUCAGAUUCCUCCUCUGACAGUCAGACCCUCAACGCGACCGGGGCAGACACCCCGCUGGCCGGCUCUGAUGACGAGGAGUCGCAGAGCAGCAAGAAAGAGAUGAAGCUCUCUGCAUCUCCAACCAGGAAAGAGCAGCACUUAUUCUCGUCUUCAGAGUCUUCAACUUAAACUGAAGAGCAAAAUCUGGCAGGAAACUUAAACUCCCUAAAGAGACUCUUAUCCCUCCUUCUUCCCGCCCCUCUGCUGAACAAAAUGCUGGAGUUCUGUGUGUAGUAUGGAGGUCUUUUGUGGGAGCUGUAAAUAUGCUAAUUUUUUUUCCUGUUAAGGCAUGACGAGUCCUCUGCCUUUGACCCUGCAGGCUGAAGCAGAGGAACUCAGCUGUAUUCUCACAAGUCAAAAUACUAAAGCAAUAUGUAUGAAACAAGGCCAUUUGGAGUAAAAAAAAAAAAAAAAGAAAAGUGUUGUUUUUGAAAGUAACAUGUCUUACAAAUGCAAAUAUUUUUUACGUCUAACUUUGACAAUUUGUUUCUGGUUUUAACAAUAAAGGAAGAAAUAAAAAG